GGUGAUGAUAGUAUUGAUGAUGAUGAUGGGCAUGCCCUUGCGGGUGAUAGUGGCAGUCGGAGCAGAUAUGAGCUGGACAGCGCAGCAGAGAGGAGGGAAGUCCGUUGCGGGAGCGGAGAGUGCGUAUGAUGAGGAGGUUGGCGAUAUGCAAGGAGCAAGAGAGCUCCAGGCAGAGUCAUCAGAGCUCCAGGCAGAGUCAUCAAGUCCUUUCUCACCGACCGGGGCUACCUCAGCCUAUCCAUCGGCAUCGCCAGCAUCAUCAACAGAAUCCUCUCCAUCGUCCUCGUUGCCAGAACCUUCGACAAAAUCGUCAUCAUCAUCAUCAUCACCAUCACCAUCACCACCGGCGGUGCAAUCAACCGGUGCAUCUUCAGCAGCCGGAGAGUUGUCUUCGGCAGGACGUGAUGGGAGUGGAACAGGCGUCAGUGGUAGAUUGGCCGACACGCUGUCAAGUCCUUCACCGAGAAUUCUCCAAACGCCACCAAGGGGAGGUGUCAGCGUCGGCGUGCUGGCUGGUAGCCUUGUGGCAGCUUGUCUGGUCGCCUCCGUUCUUGGUGGCGCUUUAGUCCUCCUCGUUUCUCGAUCCAGAAAAUCGGCGAAGGCGGAAUCUGGGGGUAUGACUGCAACGUUUUCUGCUCUUGAACACCCGGUCGAACGGUGUUCUGCUCUCGAACGUCCGAUUUGAAGCUACAUAGAUCUGUCCUUACGUUCGUCUUCUUUCUUUUUCUUGUGUGUGCGGUUUUUGGCUGCAAUCUUCGAGAUCGAGCAGGCUGUCCCUCCCCUCCGCCAUUGGUCACCCCAGCGGCGUUUCUUGUCUUGUCCUUGGCUGCUGCCGAGAGGCUUCUUUCGUCUGUUUGCCGGGGAGCGACCGCUGUACGUCCCUCCUUACCCGCUUUUGGUGUUAAUUCAACUCUAUUGACAGGUACAGAACUUUGCCUGCUUUCCUUAUUUUCUUUUUUCUGGGUCUCUCGCAGGCGGUGCCGGCUGAGGGUACAUUCAUUCUGGCGAGGGAUAAUUUACCGGUAAGAGGACAGUGGAAUCGAUUUCACAAUUAAAUCCUUUUAUCUGAUCUCUGUUGCGUCGUUACAUUGAUGAGUAAACAUUAAACCUUUUC